AACUACUUGUCUAAAAUUUUCACCAGAAAAAAAGGAACACUUCGAUAGUUUUGUUUGUUUGUGUACAAUAAUUCCUGAGUAAGGGUUUUAGCUUCUUCUUCUUCUUCUUCAUCAGAGUACUCCAAUGUUCAGUCUCAUAUCACCUUCGAGGGCUUUACCCAUGGAUUCUCUUCCAAAACUGCACCAUUCUAAUAUCACUCUCAAUCACCACACUUCGCCAUUUCCCAUUCCCUUAUCCUCUUCCCUCUCUUUCCGUUCUCGACCUCCACCACAGUUUUCAUCUUCUUCGUCCUUCAGGUUACCUUCCAUCAGAGCCUCCACUUCAAGCUCCUCAAACGACCCCGUUUUUUCCUCCUCCAAAAACACCCUCUCUCUAUCCCCACUUCUCCAAACCCUAAACUCCUUCCUGGCCCCCCUCGCCCAAACCACCUGCAUCGUCAUCGCUGCCACCCUCUUCUUCUUCAUGCGCUUCCACCACAUGCCCGCCAUCGCUGCCACCCUCUCCCCGCCCGCUGCAGACUCCGAGACUGCGCUCACCGAAGAGGAAGCCGAGAGAGUUCUGGAGGAGCGGCUCAGUGUCAACCCUGCCGACAUCGAGGCGCUCCGCGCGCUCAUGGAGUGCAAGAUCAAAGCGCGCAAGAUUGACGAAGCGUUCGGCGUUCUGGACCGUCUCAUCGAGCUCCAGCCGGAGGAGUACGAGUGGCCGCUGCUGAAGGCCAAUAUGCAUAUCUACAACGACAACCACGCUGCUGCACGUGAACUGUUCGAGGAAAUGUUGAAGAAGGACCCGCUCCGCGUGGAAGCGUUCCACGGCCUCGUCAUGGCGACUUCGCAGUUGAACGAGCCGUUGAAAGCGUUGUUGAAAAGAGUGGAGCAGGCGACUGAGGCGUGCAAGAAGCAGAAUAGGGACUCGGAUGUGAGGGAUUUCAGGCUAUUGAUUGCGCAGAUUAAAGUGAUGGAAGGGGACUUCCCUGAGGCACUUAAGGCUUAUCAGGAGUUGGUGAAGGAAGAGCCCAGGGAUUUCAGACCUUAUUUGUGUCAGGGUAUUAUAUAUACCCUCUUAAGGAAGAAAGACGAAGCUGAUAAGCAGUUUGAUAAGUUUCGCAGGCUUGUUCCUAAGGACCAUCCUUACAUGGAGUAUUUCGAGGAUAACAUGUUCGCUACUAAGUUCUUCUCGCAGAAAUUGGAGAGGGAGGGAGCAGGUGCUAGGGACUGAGGAAGGUUAUGAGUUUUUGUUUUCUCCCUUUCCUUUAUACUUAGUCUUGUUUUUGAUUAUAUGUUUGUCUUAUGGUAAUUCAGAUGUUGCCUUAGGUGAUUACCGGGUUAGUUUAUUAGUUUUAGUUUUCUUUGGUAAUGGUGGUUCUGAAUUACUGCUUGCUAGGUUUGUGGUGGAUAUAAAUAGUAGGGUAACGAAGAGAAGCUAUUUUUGUGCCGAAAUAUCAAAUUGAUGAUUGAUUUUUAUUUAUUAUAGCGUUAUAUUUUAUUUGGAUUGCA